AUGGACACGGGCGACAGAGACGGAGAGAGGCGAAAGACACAGAAGUUCAUGGUGAUGCGAGCCAACAUCCAGGCCGUGUCCUUCAAGAUGCACACGCUCAAGUCCAACGGCGCGAUGGCCCAGGCCAUGAAGGGCGUCACCAGGGCCAUGGCCGCCAUGAACCAGCAGCUCACGCUGCCGCAGGUCCACAAGAUCAUGAUGGAGUUUGAGGAGCAGUCGGAGAUCACGGACGUGAAGGAGGAGGUGAUGAACGACGCCAUCGACGACGCCGUGGGCGAUGAGGGCGACGAGGAGGAGGAGGAGAGUGAUGCCAUCGUGAGCCAGGUGCUGGACGAGCUGGGACUCGGCCUCGCGGACAAACUCUCGACUCUGCCGGCCACAGGCGGCUCGUUCAGCGUGUCCGCAGGCAAGAUGGCCGCAGGCAAGAUGGCCGCCGCCGACCUCGACGUGCGACUCAACGACCUGCAGUGUGAUUAG